AUGUGGUCCAAGAGAGUAGUUUUUUGUGGUAUAUUUGUAGGUGGGUUGUUAGACCCACAUCAGCAGCAUCAGCAGCAGCAGCAGCGGCAGGACCGUGGGUCGCUGACUGACCCAGGCUACACCACCAUCAUGGUCACCAUGCAGCCUCUCACAAUAAAUAUUAAGGAUGAUGACAAUCAGAAUUCGAACUACUUCAGUGAUUACCACAAAAAAAGGAAAGAACACCUCAUGAAUGGCCCGCCUACAAAACGAGUAAAGUCUGGUCUAUCAGAGAGAGAGAAAAAUGAUGUAAAUAGUUUCCAUGCUACCAAGACAGUCUUCGCUGAUAAUGAGGAGAAAGACAGACAAGACAAGGCAGUUGAAAGCAAGAGAGAGAUUGUUGUAUCUUUAUUCACUGGGAAUCCAGAUAUUCCUUAUAUUCCCAAGACCAAUGUGUGUAGAAAAUCUGAGAAAGUUUUUUCUGAAGACUCAUUCUCCAGCUUAAAUAUUGCAUCACAAAUUAUAUCAAAUGUGGAAAAACUUGGUUUUAAAUCAAUGACAGUGGUGCAGCAAAAGAGCAUUCCACCCAUUCUGGAAGGUAAAGACACACUAGUGAAGUCUCAGACAGGCUCAGGCAAGACACUGACCUAUGCACUACCCAUCAUUCAUAACCUCAUGAUGCGAACUCCACGUGUCCAGAGAAGUGAUGGUGUUCUCUCUCUAAUCAUUGUUCCUACAAGAGAAUUGGCACUGCAAAGUUAUCAGUGGUUUGAAAAAUUGUGUAAGUCUUGUGUAUGGGUGGUACCAGGGUACUUGAUUGGUGGUGAGAAAAAGAAAGCAGAGAAGGCACGACUGCGUAAGGGGAUCAAUAUCUUGGUUGCCACGCCAGGUCGUUUAAUAGACCAUCUACAUCAUACCAAGUCCCUUAGCUUAUCAAAUGUCAAGUACCUGGUGUUGGAUGAAGCUGAUAGAUUACUGGACAUGGGUUAUGAGCGAAGUGUCACAAGUAUUUUGGAAACAUUGACAGAGCAACAAGAGGGGCUGUCAGAAUCUAGACAAACUGUAAUGCUGUCAGCCACAUUGUCUGCUGGAGUAGAAAAACUAGCUGGUAUGAGCUUGUUGUCACCGGAAGUGAUUGACAUAAGCCACGAUGGAGAGGAGAAGAGUAAACAGCUCACCUCUGAGGCUCUGGCAACUCCUGCCAAUCUUUCCCAUCAUUAUGUCAUGAUUCCAGCCAAGCUUAGGCUUGUCACAUUAGCAGCAUUUAUCCUCUCAAAGUGUAAGUUUGGUGAUGAGAGAAAGAUGAUUGUCUUCUUUGCAACUCAAGAUAUGGUGGAUUAUCAUACAGCAUUGUUUUCCAAGGUUUUGUCAAGAUAUGGGAAAGAGAUCAAAAGUAAGACUUCUUUAGCCAAAAGGGCAGAAAAAGUUUUGGCUGGUGGAGUAGAUGAUGGAGAAGGUAGUGAAGAUGAAGAGGACAUAGAAGAGGAGCCUGAGGGUCAGGAGGAUGAGGAUGUUAUUCUCUUUCAGAAACUUCAUGGGAACAUGACUCAGCAGGACCGGUCAGCAGUUUUCAAAUCUUUUAGAGAAUCAACUGCUGGUGUCUUAAUGUGCACGGAUGUAGCAUCAAGAGGUUUGGAUAUGCCCAAAGUUCGGUGGAUUGUACAGUUCAAUGCUGCUUGCACAGCUGCAGACUACGUUCAUCGUGUUGGUCGUACUGCUCGUGUUAAUGCUGCAGGUUCAGCCAUAGCCUUUCUUGCUCCAGCUGAGGCACAAUACAUUCAGAUGCUUGAACAACACCAAAUUACGUUAAAGGAAGUUACAAUGCAGAAGGUGCUUAAGAACCUGCUGCUGCCACAAAAUAAUACCUCAUAUAAGGUUGGUCAUACAGUUGAAGAGGCAGCUACUAGCCUUCAGAUCAAGGUGGAAAAAUUGCUGCUCUCAGACCAGGAUCUUCAUGAAAUGGCAAAGAGAGCAUACAUCUCAUUUGUUCGAUCAUAUGCAUCUUACCCUAAGGAAGUACGAGAAAUGUUUAGCUUCAAGGCCUUGCAUCUCGGUCAUUAUGCCAAAAGUAUGGGAUUAAGAGAUGCUCCAAGUGCCCUUGGAGCCUCAGCAGCAUUCAAAGCAAAGAAAGAAAUUAAAGAAAAGCAUGAAAGAAAAGAAAAGCGAAGGAAAAUUCAGGUAAUGAACCAAAGAAGUGGAAAGCUGCCUAAAACAGCCAGCAUCUCUGAAUUCGACAGUGGUCUGGAAGGUAUUCCCAAGAUUCAGAAGAAGAAAAUUAAAGAAAGGAGAUGAUAUAUGUAUAUAGAAUUUUCCAAGCAGGUACCAAGGUAUUAGGCAGCAGUGAGAGUAGCUGUUUAUAUUAUUCCCCAUCUUUUUUCUCCACUACACUUUGAAAAAGUGAGGAGGUUUGAGUGUGAGAUAUAUUACCUUAUCUAUUUAACCAUUAUUACCUUAUCUAUUUAACCUAAUCUAUUUAACUAUCUUUUUUUUUUAUAUAUAAUUUGACAAAUCCUUAAUAUCAGCAGGUUUAAUUAUGUGUAUUUUUUUCAACACCCUGGCCAUCUCCCACAAAGGCAGGGUUACCAGAAACAGAAGAAACAAAAGCUUUUCUUCUUUUUACAUUUAGUAAUUUAUACAGAAGUGGUUACUAGCACCUUGCUUCUGGCAUUUUAGUCACCUCUUAUGACAUGCAUCGCUUAUGGAGGAAGAAUUCUUCUCCACUUUCCUAUGGAUAUAAAUAUAUAGAUGGAUAGAUAUAUGUAUAUAUUUAUAUUUUUAUAUAUUUAUACUUUUAUAUAUAUACACAGUAGGGAUCCCCAUAUUCACAGGUGAUACUUUACAAGAAUUAACGUGGAUAUCCGAAACCAUGGAUAGUGGCGAACUCUACAUACAAGUUUUUUAGUUUACAUACAUACCUAUGAUAGUUUAAUUGAUAAAUUGUGUGCAAUAAGUUGAGAAUCAACACUUUUUAACUGAUGGGAAGCACUUUGUGGCUUCUCUUGGGCUUUGAAGAACUGUCAUCACUACUUUUGUGCUUUGUUAUCAUUAUUAAGCAAAAUUAAGGCUGAUUUUCGGGUCAUGGUGAACCCUGAAUAACUGAAACCACGGAAACCGAACCUGUGGAUAUGGGGGUCCUACUGUAUAUAUUCUUAUUCUUUCAACAAAAUGGCCAUAUCUCACCAAAGCAGGAAGGCCCAAUAAAGAAAAAUCAUCAUUAUUUAGGAAUGUACUAUUAGAAUAUAAUUUUCAUUAUGAAUGCCAUACCAUAUUUUCCUUUAUACAUUAUUUUCUUCAUAUUGCAUUUGUAAGUACUGAUCAUAAAUUUAUUAAUCAUUUCAUAUACUGUGUUCUUUAGCAGAAAUUGGGAACAAAUAAACAUUGUAAAUAAAACAGCAAAUCUAAUUUACAGUGUACAUCAUACAAGGAAUUUCAGGAUAUGAAGUCACUGGUGACAGUUACCUUAAUAAUCAUAGUGUAAAAAUGUAUUCAGCAGUAAAUUCACUUCUUUCUUUCUUUCAACACACCAGCCGUAUCCCACCGAGGUGGGGUGGCCCAAAAGGAAAAACGAAAAUUUCUCCUUUUACAUUUAGUAAUAUAUACAGGAGAAGGGGUUACUAGCCCCUUGCUCCUGGCAUUUUAGUUGCCUCUUACAAGACACAUGGCUUACGGAGAAAGAAUUCUGUUCCACUUUCCCAUGGAGAUAAGAGGAAAUAAACAAGAACAAGAACUAGAAAGAAAAUAGAAGAAAACCCAGAGGGUUGUGUAUAUAUAUGCUUGUACAUGUAUGUGUAGUGUGACCUAAGUGUAAGUAGAAGUAGCAAGAUGUACCUGAAACCUUGCAUGUUCAUGAGACAGAAUAAUGGACACCAGCAAUCCUACCAUCAUGUAAAACAAUUACAGGCUUUCGUUUUACACUCACUUGGCAGGACGGUAGUACCUCUCCGGGUGGUUGCUGUCUACCAACCUACUACCUAGAAGUAAAUUUACUUAUAAUUAGUAAAUCAGAAUGCUUGCCUUGGUAUUGGGAAAAGGAUAUAGUUGUUUAAUUCAGAAGAAUUGUGAUGCUUUGUAAUUGGCUUAGCAUACAGUCUGGCCAUGAACCCCUGACUGCUGCUUGACAAAAACCCUUGUAUACUUGGUAAUAUGAUGGUAGAAUACACCAAGAGUAUGUAAAAUAUAGUAUGUGAGUUAUGGCAUUUUAAGGAAGACAUUUUCCACCGGGGAGUUUAUCAGUUUGUGAAUUUGUAUAGUCCUCGAUGACAAAACUUGAUAAAGUGCCAAACUUGCAAAUUGUGUGUUAUUUAUGUCCUUUAUGCUCAUGUUGGAAGUGAGGGGAAGGCAGGGCAACCGCAUACAGCCAGUGGCAUUCGGAAAAACCACCAUGACUCUGUGUUGCCCCUUGUCUACCCAUGUUUUGAAACCAGUUUACUUUUAUCCACAUUGCUCACUUUUUUUUUUUUUUCAAUAUUUGGGACAUAAUUGCAAUUUUUAGGUAUAGUACAGGCAUUAGUAAACUUUCUCAGCACAAAUGAGGUCAAAUGUAGUGCAAUUUGGAAAGAAUCUUUGCUUUGCUCUUUGACCUCUCACCUUGAAUCAUAUCUGCUUCUUGACAAUUUUUUUUUUAUAGUGAUUACUGCAGUUUGGAGGGAUAUGUUGUGUAUCUUUAUACGUAUAUGCUUCUAAACUGUUGUGUUCUGAGCACCUCUGCAAAAACAGUGAUUAUGUGUGAGUGAGGUGAAAAUGUUGAAUGAUGAUGAAAGUAUUUUCUUUUUGGGGAUUUUCUUUCUUUUUGGGUCACCCUGCCUCGGUGGGAGACGGCCAACUUGUUGAAAAAAAAAAAAAUUACUGCCUUCUAUGUUCUGACAAUUUUUCUAAACAUCAUUCAUGUUUAGUAUGUCAGAUAUUGCCAUAUUGCCAGCAGGUAUUGUAGAAAGAUGCUUGGUGCAGCAGAAAUCCUUAUUAUCAAGUCAUACAAGGAGUGAAAGAAGUAGAAAAGAUAUGAAUUAAGUCAGGUAUUAUCUCUGGUGAUCUGAAUUGGUGUUGUCACCUAAAAAUUUCCUGCGCACCAAAUUUCUUACUACUGUUGUUCAUGUUGGAUUUGGAGGCAUUUCUUAGUUUCAUACAUCUAGUGUCUAGGUUUCUGUAAGAUGCUCUUAUGGUAACAACUGAAAUCUUGACAGAAUCUUGCUUACCUCAGUGGUUAUUUCAUAGCUUGUCCUGCUUUGUACAAAGCACAUGACCUGUGCAUUCAGUAACAUUACAAACAGUGAAAGCUAGUAGUCUACAGGUCUUAGUAAUGUUUUCGGCAGAUUGCUAUGUCAUCAAGAUGACACAGCUGCAGUUGAGCUUUUUCCUUGUUUCUAUUGAUUCUGAUGCUUUCAGUCAAGAAUGUCUAAGAAAUUUUGAGAUGGUAAGGAGAGUCAGUGAUAAUUUUGAACUCUUCAAAAAAUGGGGAAUGCAAAUCUUAGGUGAUCGUUUCUUUAUACUCUUUCCUUGAGUGUUACAAUUAGAAGAGUAAUAAUUGAGAUACAUGUGUAAGGAGUUUGUAGUUAUCAUUGAGAUUUAAAGACAGACUUGAGCGAUAAACCCACUUUGUAUUCUGUUCAUGCUGGACAAGUAUCUAGCAACUUCCUUAGAUAUUGCUCAUUAAAGAUGACUACAGAAACUUGCUUCUAAGAUUCACAGGAAUCUAUAAUAUGUAACAUACAUCAUACAGAAAUGUGCAAUCACAGGUUACUUCUUGUAAGUACUUGAGGAUUUCUAGCCAACAGUUUCUUGAAGAAAAGUUUGAAAAUAUCAUGGAUUCUUUUUGUCACUUUAAAAGCAGAGCCAAGAUGAUUACUGAAAAUGAAGACCCCAGUUGUAGAUGUAUCAUCCUUUGACAUGCCAGACUGCCUAAAACUUUGAGACUUUUAAAAAUUUAUGAUUCAGUUUAAAUAGGCAAGACCUCAAGCAACCUGAACACAUUGGUUAAGAAACAAGUAUCCUUGGAGAACCAACAAUACUACUCGCAUCAUGGAACAGGUGGGGCUCGAACCCAUACCAAUUGAGUCCUGGUGCACUGCUCUGUGAGUUUUAGGACUUGCCUGCCAUGGGUUCAAGCUCCACCUAUUCUGUGAUUUGUUUGCAAUUAUGUUAUUAUGAUUCAUGAACACUAACCUUACUUGCAUAGCAACUUAAUUCCUGCAGUUUCAUAUGAAGCCUUUGGCUGGAACAGUCAUAAUCAUUUACAAACCAGAUAAACCUAGCAGCAAGAGCAACAGCAGCAAUUCAAGAUCAAAGAGCAGAGCAAUCUUUCUAAUUUUUUUCUUCUUUGUGAAAUGUAUUUGUCUCGUUUUUUUAUGUAGACAUAGUUUAUAGAUCAAAACAUCUGUAAAUUAGAAAGUACUGAAUACAGUGCUUUAUCUUAUUUCAUAUUAAGAGAAAAUUUGUAUUAAAUAUAAGUAUUUAAAUGUCAUCAAGCAUUUAUAUAUACUAUUAGAAAUGUUUUUCAAGUGUUCCAAAUUUACUAAUUACUGUAUAUUUUUAUCUGUAUUAAAGAUAUUAAUUUUA